AUGGCUUCUGAACCUAGCCACAACUCACAUUCUCCACUUCACUUUGUUCUCUUCCCCUUCAUGGCCCAAGGCCACAUGAUUCCCAUGGUUGAUAUUGCAAGACUUUUGGCUCAGCGUGGUGUGACCAUAACAAUCAUCACAACGCCUCACAACGCAGCGAGGUUCAAGAACGUCCUAAACCGUGCCAUCGAGUCUGGCUUGCCCAUCAACCUAGUGCAAGUCAAGUUUCCACAUCAAGAAGCUGGUUUGCCAAAAGGACAAGAGAAUAUUGAUUUGAUUGAAUCGACGGGGUCGAUGGCAACUUUCUUUAAUGCGGUUAACAAGCUCGAAGAACCAGUCCAGAAGCUAAUGGAAGAGAUGACACCUCGACCAAGCUGUUUGAUUUCUGACAUGUGUUUGCCUUACACAAGCAAACUCGCCAAGACUUUCAAAAUACCAAAGAUCCUUUUCCAUGGCAUGUGUUGCUUUUGUCUUCUGUGUGUGCAUCUUCUACGCAAGAACCGUGAGAUCUUGGAGAAUUUAAACUCUGACCAGGAGUACUUCAUUGUUCCUUAUUUUCCUGAUAGAGUUGAAUUUACAAGACCUCAAGUUCCCGUGGAAACCUAUGUUCCUGCAGGAGAGUGGAAAGAGUUGCUGGAGGAUAUGAUAGAAGCGGAUAAGACGUCCUAUGGUGUGAUAGUCAACACAUUUGAAGAGCUCGAGCCAGCUUAUGUCAAAGACUUCAAGGAGGCAAGGUCCGGUAAAUCAUGGUCCAUUGGACCCGUUUCCUUGUGCAACAAGGUAGGCGCAGAUAAAGCUGAGAGGGGAAACAAAUCAGACAUUGAUCAAGACGAGUGCCUUAAAUGGCUUGACUCUAAAAAAGAAAGGUCAGUGCUAUAUGUUUGCCUUGGAAGCAUCUGUAAUCUGCCUCUGGCUCAGCUCAAGGAGCUUGGGCUAGGCUUAGAGGAAUCCAAAAGUCACUUCAUUUGGGUCAUAAGAGGUUGGGAGAAAUACAAAGAGUUAGAUGAGUGGAUCUCUGAGAGCAGUUUCGAAGAAAGAAUCAAAGAGAGAGGACUUAUCAUCAAAGGAUGGGCUCCUCAAAUGAUUAUCCUUUCACAUCCUUCCGUUGGAGGGUUCUUAACGCAUUGUGGUUGGAACUCAACUCUUGAGGGGAUAACCUCUGGUCUACCACUGCUUACAUGGCCGCUAUUUGCAGACCAGUUUUGCAACGAGAAGUUGGUUGUGCAGGUACUAAAAGCCGGUGUAAGGGUCGGGGUUGAGCAGCCUAUGCAAUGGGGAAAAGAAGAGAAAACAGGAGUGUUGGUGGACAAAGAAGGAGUGAAGAAAGCCGUGGAAGACUUGAUGGGUGAGAGUGAGGAUGCAAAUGAGCGAAGAAGAAGAGCCAUAGAACUUGGAGAAUUAGCACACAAGGCUGUGGAGGAAGGAGGCUCUUCUCAUGCUAACAUCACAUUGCUCUUACAAGACAUAAUGCAACAAUUGAAAUUCAAGAAUUGGGUGUUGAGCUCCAAAAUGGUGUGA